CUAUCUAUCUAUCUAUCUAUCUAUCUAUCUAUCAUAUAGUGCCUUUCAUAUCUAGCUAUAUCUGUCAUUGCCAUGGUGCUGGAGACUUGUAACAUGUUGCAUUUUAAUAAGCCCAUGUAAGUGAGACUUGCUCUUUCCUGUGUAUGUGACAUUUAUGACCCUAUAAUGGCCGUAUGAUGACCCUAUUCCCCUUCACAAAGAUCACAGAUUCACUUUCUCUUUUGUCUCAAACUGUGUGUCAGUGAAGGCAUUCAUGUCUCCAAUCCUUUUACUACAUUACACCACAUUUCGAUUUAGAAAGUCCUAUUGGCAUCCACUUACUAAACCAGGGACUGCUGACGCCGCCUAGUCUGCUUUAAUGGAAGGCGCGUCUGCAGCUGAAGCAUCAGGUCUUUUAUAGGCAUUAACAUUUGGGCCAGAAGAAAGGCAAUCUUUGAAGUGAGUCUGCAUUUCAUUUCUUGUCAGAUGCCUUGGCAAAGAGUCCUGAUCUAAAUUCCUUAAAGGCAGAGAGCAUGGAGCAGAAUCUGUCAGCUGGGUUAAACUUGACAAAAAGGAACACUCAGGACAGCCAGUCCAUUGAUCUACGCAGGUCCUAAAAUCAGACCCUCACCCCUGAUGUCAUGAGAACCCUUAGUUGUCAUUUGAUAAAUUUGUUGGAAUUUGUGCUUCUUGUGUGAUAACUUUUCAUUAAAAAUGCAGCUGGGGGUGGGGGCAGCUUUUGUACUUGAAAGGGACCCAUAAACAAAGCAUUACUUCUAUCUAUCUAUCUAUCUAUCUAUCUAUCUAUCUAUCUAUCUAUCUAUCUAUCUAUCUAUCUAUCUAUCUAUCUAUCUAUCUAUCUAUCUAUCUAUCUAUCUAUCUAUCUAUCUAUCUAUCUAUCUAUCUAUCUAUCUAUCUAUCUAUCUAAUCCUGCCAACUACGCUAUCUAUCUAUCUAAUCUAAUCCUGCCAACUACGCUAUCUAUCUAUCUAAUCUAAUCCUGCCAACUACGCUAUCUAUCUAUGAUGGAGAGAUCAUAAAGUGUGUGACAGAACCCCCCUCAAAGUGAACAGUGCCAAUACUUCUGACGGUGGCUUGACAUCUUCUCCUGCAGAUGGUAGUACGUGACACUUCAGUGUGCGUAUGAUCACAUUUAGCAGGGUCGCAUUUCAAAGUUGGUGGCUGAAAAGAAGCCCCUGCCAGUAACCCUCCAAACCCAACUUUUGAAGAUCUUUGUCCAACAUCACUUCUGUUCAGACUUCACUUUGAUUGAAAUCUGAAAAUUGUAUGGCAAGUGUUCUUGAAAUGAAUUCCUUAAGUGAGCUUUUCCAUGUUAAUUCCUAAAGUCAAAUGCAGUAAUAGAAGUUGUGUGGUGACUCCCUUGCUAAUCUGCAGCACACAGUCCUCUGGGUGUGGUGUUCAGCCGGCCACGUUUCAGGGGAGAUGACUUCAUUAGUUCUCACUCUCCCUCUCUUGAUGUGCCAGCAGACGUAUUUGACUUUGAACAAAGUGACCAAAGGCUUUGUUUACAUGUCAUGGAUUGUGACAAUAUGAGGUAUGCAACCAGAAUUGUCUUUGUUUUCUUCUUUUCUUCUUCCAUUUCUCAAGAUGAUGAUCAGUGGCCCGAAGUGGUCUUGUGUUCUCGUAAUACAUGCUAUAUGAUACACCAGGGAGCUGCUGAUUUUCACACAGCAAAUACCACUUGCAGCCAUCGAGGGGGCCACCUGAUGACAGUGCAAUCGACUGUGCAUAGCGACAUCAUUUCAAUCCUAAUGGAGAACCUGCAGGGUCGCUUCUGGAUUGGACUUGAGCUGCCCGCUGGAUGCUGUGGUGACCCUUCCAAAGCACUACGUGGAUACCAGUGGGUAACUGGAGAAGAAGCUACGGACUUCUCGCAGUGGAGAACACAGGACUCAAGUGAAUGUGGUCACCAAUGUGUCUCUAUCUCCAAAGAUCAGCUAUGGGAAGAAAGUUCAUGUCUGGAGGUGGCUGAUGGGUUUCUCUGUGAGUACAACUUUAAUGAAACCUGCCGAGCCCCUGAAAUGGAGGGAUUCUCUCUUACCUGCCACACACUUUUAGGUUUUCAGAUGAUGGACACGGCUCAACUGCCACCUGGGACGAUAGCAAUCAUGUCACCCACCGGAUACAAAUUGUACUGUGACACCAAUGGAUGGAAAACAAGUCCCUGCGACAGCCAACAUGAAAACGACGGAUGCAGCCACAUUUGUGAAAUGGAGGGAAGUGAAGCGAAGUGCAUGUGCCCUGAAGGACUACAGUUAGAGGGGAGCCAAGUGACUUGUGAGACACCUGAUCCAUGCAGGAACCAUCCUUGUGAGCACCUGUGUGUCUCCCGGCUGCAGAGCUACACCUGCUUGUGCAGAGAAGGUUAUCUUCUAGAUGAAGAUGGAUUGGGGUGUAGAGACCAGGAUGAGUGCCUGGUGCAAUCGAUCUGCACACCUGGUCAGGUGUGUGUCAACACGCCGGGCAGUUUCCGAUGCACAUGCCCGCCGGGAUAUGUGAUGGUCAACGGCGAGUGUGAAGACCCAAGUCGAGUGCAAGUCUCCUCCUUGUGAGCACCAGUGCCCUAAUUUAAUAAGGUGUGACAAACUGCUUCUGCUCUGAAAGGUUCGAGGAAAGUCGUCCAGAGUCUCAUUAACGUGUGCAACUCCCAGAAACGCCUUGCGGAUCUCGAUCCACACACUCUGGACUUGUGCACCUGCCCAGAUGGAUUUAUAAUUGAAACCGAGAGAGAGAGCAUGUCUUCAUAUCAACCUUCUGCAGGCUAUGGUCUUACAACACCAAUGGAGGUCUCACAGGCGGCUGUUGUGAUGAUGGCUACAGCCUCAGCUCCGAAGGCUUUUCCUGUACACCAUCUAAUCAUGAAAAUGGUGAUGGAUUACUUCCUACUACCGCACAUCCAAGUGUUAGAAAUGUCAUGGCCACUCAGGAGAUGUCUCUGUCAGCGAGCUCCCUGCUGGAAAUGCUGCGUAGUUCGGUUCCUUGGAUUGGUGCCCCUUGUCAAAAAAAUGACCAAAAGAUGGGGAUGGAAGACCAGCCAUUUUUCAAGGAUGGGAACAAACCACUGCAUUGGAUGUUGGGAAUGAUGGAUCAACUGUCUGAACAAAUUUCAUUUCCAGGCAGGACUGCAUAUCACAUUAUGUGUGUCAGGCUGCAGUUAAUGUGGUUGGAUGGCAUCACCUCAAGGUUUGUGCUGUUGUGGUCUAUCAAGAUGGCUGGCAGUAGAAACCAGCAGGUUUGUCUCCAGUUUUCCAUUCUAGUUUACACGUUAUAGUUUUUGUAAGAUGGUAGGGUUUGAACACUAAACCAGAGCGUCCUCUAUUGGUAAAAGUCUGAAUUAGCAUGAGCUGCCCUGAUUCGGGACACUCUUGAGACAAGUAAGGAUUUACUUCAUGAGGGAUGAGUACAAGCAAGAACUGUUGUGUCAUGUAUUUGAAAUAUUCAAAUAAAGGAAAGAAGCAGCUCUCUUUGAGUAAGACGUAGUGAUUUCCUUCCCUUCGAGCUUUAGGAGUGCCAGUGCUGCUUUUCAAGUGGGGUCUGGGGCAGGAAAGGGGGAUUCUAUAAGCCCCCCACCUAAAGGAACUGGCUAGACUGGAUGGCAGGUGUGAGAAGGUGUGUUCCAAUUGGUCGGAAGUAUGGCUGUUUAUGAUUGGUCCGUUUGGUACUACGCCGCCCCAUUGGUUCAGAAUUUGUGAUAAGAACGGUAAAGCUGGUCUUUUUUCUUCUCUCUCUCCAUCUCUCUUGCAAUUUCUCCACAAUGAAAACAGCUCUCUCUCUGGGCAGCCAUUUUGAGACAGUCAUGCAGCCGGAUUCAAUACUCCAUUCAAAGACAGGACUUGAGACGGAAGGCUGCCUGUGGAUGGCAGAUGCACUUGGGCUCUAUUUGUGUUUUUGUCUCACUCAAUUACGUUGUACAUAAUUUGGGCACAUUCUCUAUUGUCAUGGACUAGAAGUCCCAAAGAAUUCCAAAAGCACUUCCAAAAAUGCCCACUCAUGGGGGGAAAUCCUGUCAAAAACCCUGACUAGACACAAAAAGGACCUCAUCGAAUCUUUAUAAAAGAAAAAGGUUUAUUCUUAGAGAAAAAAUAUGUUCUCCAAUAACAAAGGCGCUCCAUGGAGCACAAAGACAAAAUGGAACUGCCUUCAACAGAAAGGCGAUCCAAAUCCAGCAAGUCUCAAUACAAAUUCCAAUAGCAAGAUCAAAAUACAGAGCAGAAGGUUGGAAAACAAAAAUCCACAGCAAAAGACCCAGAAACUCACCAACUGCAGAGAGCAUUCACUAUGAACCACCAGGGACUGCGGGAGACCCUCUGGAUUUAUAGGAGAGCAGUUAGGACAUUAGAAAGAUUUAGAGGAUAACAGACCAUUCAGCCCAACAAAGCCCACCAGUCCAAUCCAAGAUAACAUCAAGUCGUGUUUUGAAGAUCCCUAAACUCCUACUGGCCACCACACUACUUGGUCACUUAUUCCACGUGUCUGGGGUGCUUUUCAAAGUCACAGUCUCCAUCCAAUGGACUGAUACUCUUCAUAAUUCUGAAGCUCACAUCAUUAGUUGAACUCCAUCUAUUCACCACAUCACUCCGGUCUUGCAGCAGCUUCAUUGGCUCCCGAUUAAGUUUUGAAUUAAUUUUAAAAUUCUGCUAUUAACAUUUAAGGCCAUUCAUAACUUCACCCCUCCAUAUCUGUCUGACCUUCUUCAUGUUGCCAUUCCCUCCCGUAACCUUAGAUCCUCUUCCUCCAUCCACCUGACCGUCCCUCUCGCCCGUCUAACCUCCAUGGGGAGCGGAACGUUCAGCUCUUCUGCUCCCAAGCUCUGGAAUUCAUACCUACUGAGAUUAGAAAUAGCAAACCUUCAAAUGUAAACUUAAAACGCAUCUGUUUAAAAUGUCUCUUUCUUUUUGAUUACAGUGGCUUUGUUUGGUUUU